AUGGAUCAAUCACAAACUUUGCCGAAACGCGGGCACGUUCGGAACAAGUCUUCGACGGGUAGACCAUCGAGGCCUCGGUCCUCUACCAAAGGUCCACUCGAUGUAGAUGACGACCCUUUGGCUUCGCCGCUGUCUCCUCAGCAGGCAAAGCACCUGGUUCCGUCUCGUCCACUAUCUCAGCGAGGCAGCCCACGAGUUUCUGUCGACAGACCUCGCCCAUCUCCUCGCUCGCCAGCACCUCACCGGGCUACCAGUCCGGCCAUCCUGCCGCCCAAAGACUUCUCCUACCUGCUGCGUCCAGAAAUUUAUCAUCCCCUGACGCCCGUCACGAUCCCACCCCCCUUCCGCAACUCAAGCAAGCAGCCGCCUCCAGACUCGCCUAUUGAUGAGCUGCUUGCCAGAGGUCACUUCCGCGCCGCGGCCAUCGCGGCCGUUCAGGCACUGACCGGCACUGGAGGCCAACCUGCCCCGGCCCCCACGGAUUAUGCUCGGAUCUUCGAUCUGCUCUAUGUGCGUCUAUCAUGCCUGACGCUUAUCGAUUCCACCCAGAUUGCAGCGCAAGAGGUGCGAGCUCUCGAGGAUGUCAACAGUGCGAUUUACAUGGACGAGAUAUCCGGCACGCACCUCGUCCCCUGGGACCUGCGUGUCCUGAUCGUCCGCCUGCAAGCCCUGGGCUUUGGAGAUCCCAGAAGGGCUAUCAUGAGCUUCUAUGAUCUUGCCAGGGAGGCCCGAACUGAGAUAGCGACGGCAAUGUCUAAUCACGACAAUUCGGCCAGCGAGGUCUGGAAGGACCGGCUAGUGGAUUUGGGUAUCAAGGUCGCUGGUGCAAUGAUCGAGAUGGACGACCUUGCGGGUGCGGCAUAUCAUCUCACAGGCCUGAGAAGUCGCGCCGACGGUAAACUGAAUAUGUCGAAGGCGCUUCUGUGGUUACAUCUAGGAAACUCCGACGCCGCCAGGCUUUGUGUCAGGGAUGGCGAGUCUGGAGACAGAAUCAUAUCGGCACUGUGUGGUAUGGCAGAUGGCGAGUACGAGACCGCUCUUUCAAAAUGGCAAGAGCUUCGAGCCGACUUGGACGGUGACGAAAUGGUUGCUGUCAACCUGGCCGGACGUGAUAUACUGGAGAGCUUGGUCGACAGUGGCUUCACCUCGCGCACUCUCUUGUUCAACCUGGCAACAAUUUUUGAGCUUUGCACCGACAGGUCACGGAGUCUGAAGACCAAGCUUGUGGAACGGGUGGCCGCGAUGGAGCCAUCAACGACAGGAUGGGAGAGGGCGAACGCUGACUUCAAACUCUGA